CACUAACAGUACUGAAAUGGUCAAGAGAAACGCAGAAUCCGAACCCGAACCCGAGCUGGCUCAGACCGUGCCCGCCAGUGUUCCCGACAUGGUGGCCAAAUCCGAGGACACCCUCGUCACCGGUAAUGACGCAAAACGUCAUGACACAAAUUUCUCCAAGACAGAUAUUAAAUCAUUUUUCAAUGCCAAAAUUUGGGACCAGGAUCUUCAAGAACAACUUAGAAGCACCAUCAGUCAAUCCCAACCUUACCGUUGGGGGUCCUUCACCGACCUCAUCGACGACACGUUGCUCCGUCAAGUCCGUAAGGAGGUGCUUUCGGAGAUCGCCUUCUCUAAAAAGGAAACCGACAUCUAUAAGGUGUACCAAUCGGGGGACUUGGCAAAUUUGUCCGGGCUCGAUUGGGACGAUUUAUCGAGACUCCCGUCACUUUUCAAAUUGCGAGCCGCGAUCUAUUCCGACCAAUUCCGGGAUAUAGUGCUGACCGUGACCGGAUGUGGCAAACUCAGUGGGGUCAAAACAGACAUGUCCAUUAAUACCUACACCAAGGGGUGUCACUUGUUGACCCAUGACGAUGUCAUUGGCCUGAGAAGGGUUUCAUUCAUCUUGUAUUUGCCCGAACCAGACCGUGAAUGGAAGGCCAGUUAUGGAGGAGCGUUGAGAUUGUUCCCCUCGGUUGUCGAAAACGUGCCCGAGUCGGAUUUCCAUCUGAAGUUUGUGCCACAAUUCAAUCAAAUGGCAUUUUUCACCGUACAACCAGGGUUAUCGUUCCAUGAUGUGGAGGAGGUUAGAGUUGAUAGACAGAGGUUGUCGAUCCAAGGAUGGUUCCAUAUCCCACAACCGGGGGAGGAAGGUUGGAAAGAGGGUGAACAAGAGGAAACUGAGGCAAGAAGUACAUUGCAACAAUUGCAGAGUAAGGAGUUGGAAGGUUGGGAUAGACCAAGAAUUGAGAGAAAGCCAAUACCUCAACCUGAGACGAAGUCGAAGGUUGAGUCUAAGAACGAGGAGACCGGAACUGGGUCGGAAUUGACCGGAACUUCGUCUGAAUUGACAACCGGAACUUCGUCCUCGGUCGGAACUCAAUCCAUUCAAAAACCCAAUUCCACCUUAAUUGAACCCCAUUUGGAUCUUGAACAACUUUCCAAAUAUAUCAACCCUCUCUACCUUCUCCCUUCCAACAUCUCAUCCCUUCUUUCAACUUUUUCGUCCGAAUCCAUUGUAGAAAUCCCAAAUAUCCUCAAACCGGAAUACGCGCAGCUUCUCCGGUCGACCCUCAUUGAUGAAGAACUUGAAGGGACAAUGCCCACCACUGCCAAGGACGUCCAGCUUCCUUGGAAGUGUGCUGUGCCUCCACACAAGCAGAGGUAUUUGUAUAUAGAUGAAGCAGAAGUGGCCAGCUCUAGCUCUAGCUCCGCCACUGCAGCACUUGCAGAGCUCUCCAAUUUCCUCAAAUCGACCGCCUUCCAUCAAUGGCUUGCACAAAUCACCGGACUCAUUGCCACCACUGAACAGGUCCUUGUCAGACGGUUCCGUCCUGGUCAUGACUUCAUUCUUGCCACCACCACCGAGAAGAACCUUGCCCGUAACGACGAGGAACUCAACGUUCUCCUUGAGGCCACGUUGAACCUCACGCCCACCGCCACCAACCGCAAGAACUGGGAGUCUGGCGAGUUCGGCGGCUACGAGUUGUGCAUGGCCAUGGACGAGGAGCGUGACGACGACGACCCGGCCGUGUACCGGGCCAACAACCCGGACGACGACAGCGUGUUGUACACCAGCCAGUGCAAGUGGAACUCGCUCUGUUUGAUGUUGAGGGACCCGUCCGUCUUGAAGUUUGUCAAGUACGUGAGCAUCAACGCAAAGGGCUCGCGGUGGGACAUCAGUGCCCAGUGGAAUGUCAAGGACGCCGAGGACGACGACGACGAGGAUGAGGACGAGGAUGAGGAGGAGAAGGACGGCGAGUAGGAGGCCCCAUGGCCGGUGAAUGUGUAGCGGCCGCUUGAGUAGAUGAAUAUAACGAAC